GCCGCUGAGCCUUCCGGACUGGCAAGAGUCACCCGGGAAGGGCGAGGGAGGCGGGUUUCCAGAAAACGCCAGCCCUUCCGGGGGGGGGGAAGAGAGAAAUGGCUUUGAUCUAUUCCGCCCCGCCUGGCCCGGCUGCCUCGCGGGGGGUCUUGGCUUGUCUGGCGCUUUGUUGACGCCCGCGAAGUAAUGCGCGCGUGUUUCCACGGAGGGGCGCUGGAGCACGUUUUAAUGCAGCAAAAUGAAUGAAGAAAGCGGGCGCAGCGCCGGCGGGGAUUAAACAAGCCCCGCGGCGGGAGGAGACGGGUGGGCUGGUGCGCAAGCAGGUGGGGCCCCGGCGGGAGGCGUCUCCGGCCCCUGGUCUAGGUAGAAGUCCCGCAGGAGAGACCGCGUGCCAGCACGCCACAGCCGCUCUCGCCUCUCCCGAGCAGCGGCAAGCAGGCGGGCACGCGAGCUGCCCCCACCCCGCCGCUGCUUUUCAAGUUUCCCCGUGGAGGGAGGUAACCCACUUGCCCAGAGCCGGGGCUGAAAGCGCCCGUCCACCUAGUCUGCGGCCCGGCUCUCGCAGCUGCCUCGCGCGCAGAAGACAUUCGCCCUCCUUCCCUGGCACGCGCGCGCACCCUCGCUCGCACCCUCCUCCUUCUCUCUCUUCCCCCCCCCCCCACGGCCACCACAAACACACACACACACACUCCUGGCAUGCGACCUGGAAAGCGGCUGCUCUGUGGCCCCGCGAAGGCGCCGGGCGAGGGAGCCAAGUCGCCUCCCUGCUCCGCGCCCCUCCUUUAACCGGGGGUCACGACCGCAUCGAUCGACCAGCUUCCCGACGAGGGAAGAGGGCGGCGAGUUUGACGCGCCGACGGCGGGGUUCCUACACGUUGUCCUCCUAGCCCUCCGCUCUCUUCCGAUGCCCGGGCGGCGAGCGCGCCGUUCUCGCCGGCUCCCCUGAGGCAGACGGGUGGCGCGUCCGGAGCGGGCGACCAGGCAGAAGAGAGGUGGCUCCAGACGCCCUGCGAACUCCAUAGUCCGCCCUGGAUCGACCGAAUGGCUUCCUUGUAUCAGCGCUUCGGCGGGAAGAUCAACACCUCCCGCUCCUUCCCAGUCACUCCCGAAGCCAGCCAUCUCCUAGGCCCCCAGUGCUCCGAGGAAGACGGAGCGGCCGCUGCUGCCGCCGCCGCGUCGGCCCACGCGGCCAGUGGAGCGGCGAGAGCUUCGCGCCCGUCGCAGCCGCACAACCCCAGACCUCGCUUCCAGUACCAGGCGAGGAGGAGCGACGGCGAGGAGGAGGAUGAGCUGGUGGGAAGCAAUCCUCCACAGAGGAACUGGAAAGGAAUUGCAAUUGCUCUACUUGUGAUUCUGGUUAUCUGCUCCUUGAUUGUCACUUCUGUUAUCUUGCUGACACCAGUUGAAGAUAAUAGUCAGUCUCAGAAGAAGAAAAUUACAGUGGAAGAUCUAUUCAGCGAAGAUUUCAAAAUUCAUGAUCCAGAGGCUAAAUGGAUAAGUGAUACAGAAUUCAUUUAUAGAGACCGGAAUGGCUCAGUGAUAGUGCACAAUGUGGAAACAAACCAUUCAACAAUUUUAAUAGAAAACAAAAUAAUUGUGUCUAUAAAAGCUAUUAAAUAUGAAGUUUCACCAGAUAGAGAGUAUGGACUUUUUGCCUAUGACAUUGUACCGAUGUACCGGUAUUCGUAUACUGCUUUUUAUGUCCUCAGAAAGCUGCCUAAUGGGGAUCCUCAAAAUCUCUACCCUCCCGAGGUUAGCAAUGCAAAGCUCCAAUAUGCGGGAUGGGGACCCAAAGGCCAGCAGCUGAUAUUUAUAUUUGAAAACAACAUCUACUACUGUGCCCAUAUGGGGAAACAAGCGAUCCGUGUAGUCUCCACUGGAAAAGACAAAGUUAUUUUUAAUGGACUCAGCGAUUGGCUAUAUGAAGAAGAGAUCCUGAAAAGCCAGAUUGCCCACUGGUGGUCUCCUGAUGGCACAAGAUUAGCCUAUGCAACUAUUAAUGACUCCCGGGUCCCACUAAUGGAGAUCCCUACAUUCACCGGAAGCCUUUACCCAAAAGCGGAAGCCUAUCACUACCCAAAGGUUGGGACAGAAAAUCCAAGCAUUUCCUUACAUGCAGUUGUGUUGAAUGGGCCUCCUCAUGUUCUAGAGAUGACUCCUCCUGAUGAUCCACGAAUGAGAGAUUACUAUAUAACCAUGGUGAAGUGGGCAACCAGCACCAAGAUUGCAGUCAACUGGCUAAAUAGAGCACAGAACUUUUCCAUUCUGACUCUCUGUGACGCAACCACAGGCGUCUGCACAAAGAAACAUGAGGAUGAGAGCACAGCCUGGCUGCAUCGACAGAAUGAAGAGCCCAUUUUCUCCAAAGAUGGCAAGAAGUUCUUUUUUGUUCGAGCCAUUCCUCAGGGGGGGCGAGGAGAGUUCUACCAUAUUGCCAUGUCAUCAUCUCAGCCCAAUAGCAGCAAUGAUAAUUUACAGUCUAUUACAUCGGGUGACUGGGAUGUGACCAAAAUUUUGGGCUAUGAUGAGAAGCAGCAUAAAAUCUAUUUCCUCAGCACGGAAGAGUUGCCAAGGACUCGGCAUUUAUACAGUGCCAGCACUAAGGGGAACUUCAACCGGCAAUGUCUCUCUUGUGAUUUGAUUAACAACUGCACUUACUUCCGUGCAACUUUCAGCCACAACAUGGCAUAUUUCUUGUUGACCUGUGAAGGUCCACGAAUUCCAAUGGUAACUGUCCACAGAACAUCCGAUACAGAAAAACUUUUUGAUUUAGAAGUAAAUGUCAGAGUGCAGAAGACAGUCGCAGAACGACAGAUGCCCAGGCUGGAAUAUCUGGAUAUCAAGAUUCAGGAUUACAAAUUGCCACUGCAAAUUUUAAAGCCUGCCGUUUUCAUGGAAAACACGCACUAUCCUUUGCUCCUCGUUGUGGACGGGACUCCUGGCACCCAGAGCGUAACAGAAAAGUUUGAAGUGAACUGGGAAAGUGUCAUGGUCAGCUCCCACAGUGCCAUCGUGAUGAAGUUUGAUGGGCGUGGAAGCGGAUUUCAAGGGACUAAACUCUUGCAUGACAUUAAAAGAAGAUUGGGCUCUGCUCAAGAAAAGGAUCAAACAGAUGCUGUUCGGGCAAUGCUGGAAAAGACAUUUAUCGAUAAGACUCGAGUUGCUGUGUUUGGGAAGGAUUAUGGUGGCUACUUGAGUUCAUACAUCCACUUUUCUGGAGAAGAAAAUAAAGAGCCAAGCUUCUUAUGUGGUGCUGCUCUUUCCCCAUUGUCAGACUUCAGAUUAUAUGCUUCAGCCUUUUCAGAAAGAUACUUGGGAUUACAAGGGUUCGACAAUAAUAAGAUAUAUGAGCUCACUAAACUCUCUCACCGAGUAACAUCAGUGAAAGACCAAAAUUUUUUGAUCAUCCAUGCAACAGCUGAUGAGAAAAUUCACUUCCAGCACACUGCAGAGUUCAUCACUCAUCUAAUUAGGACAAAAGCUAAUUACAGUUUGCAGAUCUACCCUGACGAAGGUCACUACUUCAACAGCCCAACCCUGGAGCAGCACUUGUACAAGUCCAUAGUCAAUUUCUUUGUGGAAUGUUUCAAUGUCCCGGACAAAGUCCCAGUGGUUUCCACAAAAGAAGACGAGGAUGAAGAUUAACUUUCUGGGCUUGUGCUAAGAAGCACAAGGCGACUUUUCAAAAAGAUAUGCAACUAAACCCUCCCGAUUUCCCUUCCCUGACGAAAAGAGUGUUAUGUGAGCAUGUAUUUAAGAAAAGUGAAAUGGAAAAGCAGUCCUGGUGCUGGAAUUGGAACUCCUGCCUUCUCGAACGGAAGAAUAUUUAAGCAUGAGGAACUCAGCAGACACUGAUGUUGAAGACCAAUCCCUAUGAACAAAAAUGGCCGCCGCGUGAUUUCUGAUUAAAGAUCCUCGACUGGGAAACAGAACCCGAAAGGCAAAUUUGCCAAGAUGCCCACAGCAACCCUCAAGUGCAAGUCCAAGAUAUGAGUAAAACCCACCCUCUGUCUAUGUUAGGGGUCUCUUAUUUAGCAUCUCAUUGUUUCCUAUAAAGUGAACCAUCCACCGAAUAAAGAUUAUAGCACAAUUAUUUUUCGAGGGUACCGAAUUGUGUGUUGUUUACCUGUUGUCUUCUGCAUUUCCAAGAAAUUAGGCUUUGCUGCAGAACUGCUCAGUUAUACAAGCAUUUUCUUUUGUAUAAAGCACUGUUGUAGCUUGACUGUACAGACAUUUCUGUAUAUAGUUUUUAGCUGUUCCCCCCCCCCUUUUACUUCAGCCUUGGACUACUAAAUCUUUGUUGCUGCAACGUACCCUGGCUUUAAGAAAACCCCUUUAAAGCUUAGAGAGCCACAGGAAUUCUGGCUUAAGAAUUGUUUAGAUAUUCUGGAACUCUUUCUGUCUGUUCCUUUAGCUUUAUGGAUUUGAAUUGUCCAGUAUUAACCAAUAUUUUGUCAUGCUUUUUUUAAAAAAGUCCUUUUUUAGAGGGACAGGAAUAGCUGCAUGACGAUGUCAUCUUACAAUAUCCCCAAGUUGCUAGUCCUUACUGUUGCGGAUUGGCAGAUUGGGAAAAUGUGAGAAAUUACUCUCAAAAGAUCAUGUCUUAAUCAUGCUUGGAGUGUCUUGUAUAGCAAAUGAGUAGCUUUCCUGGAAAUGGGAAUAUUCUCUUGAAUUGCUUCUCUUGCUUUUACCACAGCUAUAGCUUCUGUCAUUUCUACUGUUACCUUCAUAAUAUUGCACAGCUUUUAAUUAGUCAUAACACACUGCCUUAUCUAUACAUUGUGUUAAUGUAAUGAUAAAAAUCUGGGUUGGGACAUUGCAAAUUUGCCUUUUUUUUCUUUGAUUUUUUUUUUCCUGGAAUUUUGAAGACAGACCUAUCAUUUCUUUCUUAGAGUUCAGAGGAGACAAGAUUAAAAUAGUUCAAAACUACCCCCAAUCUAUAUUUUGAUUCCUUGAAUUCCUCUUUUUCUCCUUCUUCUCUUUUCUUUUGCUUUGCUACUGUUCCUCCCUGUAAAUUAUUCUGACCCAAUGUACAACUAAUAUAUGAAUAUUGUGUACUUCAUUUUGUAAUGUAUAAAAGGAAUGUAAGUCAAAGAUUUGUCAAGUUCCCUUCUGCUCCGGCCUCUUAGAUUAUUCUUACUCUUCUUACGUGUUGUGUUCUGCGUGCAUGUGAGAACUCUUAUUUGCUUAUUAAGGCCCCUUAGAGGUGUUCAUUCAGACUAAAUUAACUUCGUGGCUCCUUUUUUACUGUGUUUGACAGCUUGAAUGUCAGUGCAGGUCUCUGCAUUUUUACAUGUAUUAUUAAGAGAACACAAAUCCAAGACCGCAGGAGAAUUUGUGAUAUACUUCAUCCAGAUUUUUUUUUUCUGUCUCUGCUUUAUUUUAGGUUGAGAUUGUUAGCUGUUGGUGGCAAUUAGAUCCUCGUGGGAGAUACAUUAGUAAACCAAACCCCAAGGCAAGGGGGGGGGGGGAAUCAGGAAUCUCACUGAUUUUUUUUCCCCUUUUCAUAGUUUACUCUGCAUCAAGAGUCAUAUAGAAAGCUAUUGCAGAAUAAUCCAUUCCUUCAGCCAAAUGCCAAAUAGACCAUGUGAAUGGUACGGGUCCAGGUUUCGAUAACCUUAUAGGCCAGAAUGCCUGAGCUGAUUUUGCUCCAGAGGAGGCGAUCCCUUGCUCUGUUUAUAAAAUUUUGUAAAGAAGAAGCCUGGUGUGGCACAAUAGUGUUUGUUCAUCCAUGAAAUAAAGCAUUAUUUUACCAUCUA